AAAGUUUGAGCAGAGUGGAGAGGAAGAGCUCCGCCCAGGAAAUCUAGUUUUGCAUUCCUGAGUUGCUUUAGCAGAGGCUGAUGGUGAGCGACUGCCUUGAUCCCUGGAGCCAUGUACACAGCAGUCCCCAAAAGUGGCUCUCCCUUCGAUGCUUCUGUUAAAGAGCCAGGCCUACAUAUCUGGCGAGUGGAGAAGAUGAAGCCCGUGUCUGUCCCCGAAGAGAUGAAAGGCAUCUUCUAUACUGGGGAUUCGUACCUAAUUCUUCACAAUGGAGCUGAUGAACACUCCUGUGUGCACAUCUGGAUUGGCCAGAAUUCUUCCCGCGAUGAGCAGGGGGCGUGUGCACUGCUCUCUACCCACCUCAACUCCUUCCUGAAGGAGAAGCCCAUCCAGUACCGGGAAGUGCAGGGCAACGAGUCUGACGGCUUCAUGGAGUACUUCCCCCACGGGAUCAAAUACCAGGAAGGCGGUGUGGAGUCUGCCUUUAACAGAACCCAGGCCAGCCAACAGCCCGGCCUUGUCCGCAAGCUCUACCAAGUGAAAGGGAAAAAGAACAUCCGGGCCACGGAAAGGGAACUGAGCUGGGACAGCUUUAACACUGGUGAUUGCUUCAUCCUGGACCUGGGUGAGACCAUCUUUACUUGGUGUGGGGCAAAAUCCAACAUCCUGGAGCGCAACAAAGCUCGUGAUUUGGCAACAGCGAUUAGGGAUAGUGAGAGAAAAGGGAAGGCCAAAGUGGAGAUCAUUGCCGACGGCGAAGAGCCACCAGAAAUGACCGCGGUCCUGGGUCCUAAGCCAGUUCUGAAAGAGGGCAGUCCUGAGGAAGACAUCAUUGCUGAUCAGAAAAAUGCAGUCACAGCUGCAUUAUACAAGGUCUCGGAUAUGACAGGGAAAAUGAGCCUGACGAAAGUCUCGGAGUCCAGUCCUUUCUGCCAGGACCAGCUCAUCCCAGAUGACUGUUUCAUCCUGGACAAUGGCCAGUGUGGCAAGAUCUAUGUUUGGAAAGGUCUGAAAGCCAAUGAGCAGGAACAGCAGGCAGCUCUGAAGGUGGCAGAAAAUUUCAUCUCCCAGAUGAAGUAUCCCUUGAACACACAGGUGGAAAUCUUGCCGCAAGGCCGUGAAAGCCCACUCUUCAAACAAUUCUUCAUCAACUGGAAGUGAAACUCAACUCUAGCAACCUUGAGCUAGCAAUCUUCCGUACAUGUGCCUUACUCUGCAUCAACUAUUAUGCCUUAUUAAACUGGAGCUGCUGCAUCCUUUCGAACUGG